GCGGGCGGUCAGCUCGAUCCGGCUGUGACAACACCGGCCUGUCGCCGUGCACGGCCUGAAAUCGAACUCUCGCACCGACGACGACGAUCACCGGGGAAACGCGCGCGCGCGAGCGCGAUAAUAUGGCGCUGUCCUCGUUCGAGAGUGCCGCGAUCCUCAUCGAGACGACAGCUCAGGCUCCGGAGCCCCGCGGAGCUACUACGCCCGGACGACGAGUAUGCAAGUCGUAGUCGGCGGUGGCGCGGCACACCGUCUACGGUAUCCCGUUUUUCCCCCGUUUCACCCUCGACGUAUCGAGCGCGAUAGUGGUGUGCUGCUGCUGGCGACGGCGACGACGGCGGCGGCGGCGACGGUGGCGGUGGUUCGAUGACGAUGAUGAGGAUCUUUCGCGCCACCUGGUAUAAUCGUGUCGGCGCACAAAGUGAAACGUCGUCGUCGUCGUCCUCUUCUUCUCCUCCUCUUUCUCCUCCUCCUCCUCCUCCUCCUCAUCGUCGGGGGAAAGCGUGAAAACUACUGAGGGAGUCGGCGCGAGCACCUAGGCCAGCAGAGCGACAACUUUCCCGUGCGCUGCGGAUCGUCCACGAUUCCGCCGAUACAUCAUCCUCAUCCUCUCGUCCUCCUCCGCGCCUCUUCGCGCCGCCUUGUCGUGUAACAUGGAUCGCGCGCGGUACCGUCGACGGCGGUGCACGUAGGUGGACGGGCUGCUGCUACAGCUGCAUGCUAUAACCUCAACGGCGGCGAACCCUGCGGCGCGGCGCGUCGGAUCGCCUCAGCUGCGCCCGCGAGAUGUGAUUUCGAGGGGAACAAUCGAUCGAGGGAGAUUUACCCGUCCGAGCGUCGAGGAUGAGGAACGGCUUCACCGACAUACCGGUCGCGAGUGCCGACAGCAGCACGGACGCCAUAUGGCUCGAGAAAAGCAGUCCGUCGCGGAUGGCACCCGAGCGAAUGUCACUCAAUUUCGAGAAAGUCGUCGUCAAGCAGGAACGUCAGGACGAUGCGGAGAUCCGUGAACUGGCUGCCAAAAUGGUGGAAGCACACAAGGCGAAAAUGCUGGCGAGCAUGCCGGCGGUUCAACAACAGCAGAGGCCGCAAUGCCUCAUUUCGCAGCCUAAUCUUCCCGGUAUUCUCGGAUAUCUGAACAAACGGCCAUCUGAUGGGCCGUCCGCUCCGAAGCCGCCGAUAAGUUCGGAAAACAAAGUGCCGACGCCUGACGACGAUAGUCAGAGAGGACGAUUCGGUUGGACGAGCUUUGACGACUGUCAUAUACCUUAUUUAUUUCGUUCCGGCGAUAAGUAUUGCGCCGUACGCAUUCUAGAGUCUAAGCUUCUCAACAAGUACCUGAGCUUUCUCCAUUCGGACAUCUACAGCUGCACAUGUAUAAGAAGUUACUACAUUACGGAGGCCGAAAGUAAAUUGCUUAAUGAGAUCAACACCAGGCACUGCGAAAAUCAGUUCGGGAGGGACCUGUUCACGUGUAAGGACCUGGUGGUCCGUCUCUCCGAUGCUAAGGAGUUUUAUACGUUUCUCGAUGUGUGUUAUACCAAAUUAAUCGCCAAUCCGAACGUGACGAGUGGACGUAAGGCGGAGAAAUGUGGUUUCAUACGAAUAAACAAAGAGUCCGUGGUACCUUACACGGUAAAGGACAAUUUACAAUACGUGCCGUUAUUUUAUUUCGAGGGCGAAACGGAAAAUCUCAAGCUAAAGGCGGAAAAGCUCGAGGGCUGGGAUUUGUCGUAUUUGAAAUUCUGCUGUAAGGUACAGGGUAUACGUAACGAGCUGUUUGCGAGUGAAACGUGUUCGGUGAUUAGUUUGAGUGACAUUAAGAGUUACUUUCCGCCGGGUACCGGCUUUGAGGACUACUGGCCGACCAAAGUUAUGGACUCGCAGUUACUGGUUAACAGUAACGGAAGCGGUGCUGGCGGCGGAUGGACGAAACAGCCGCCUACACCACCGGCGACUAAACCUCCUUCCGUGCAAAGCGCGAACAAAGUGGCACCACCUCUGAACACACGUACUGUACCGAUGCCUAAUAUGAUGCAGCGGGGGGCCGUCGUAAGUACGGCGCCACAAAUGCCGCGAAUAGGACAACCGAGGCCUGUGGUGACGACGCAUCCCGCGCAUUCUUCCCCAUCGGGACUUCCCACGAAUAGAUCGAACAUAGUGUCACAGCCUAUGUUGAAUACCGUUCAAGGUGUGGUUAACGGCUGGUCGGGCCUUGUCGGCGGUCAACCUACCUUUCAAACAGCACUCGGUUCUCAGGCUGGCAUUAUACGAUCAACUUUGAACAAUGUGAAUGUGAAUGUGAUGCACAACCAACAAAUGAACACUGCUCCCAAAAGCUAUUCUCAACAGUCUAGAAGUAGAGCAGGUAAUAGUGGAGCAACAGCCCCUCCUCAAUAUCCUGGGGUAUACCCUACGACAACUAUGCAAGGGGUUGCUCAAGCCCAACCACCGCCUCUUAUACGGGCAACUGUUCACUCCAAUCAACCCAAUCUCGGUUAUCCCACCUAUGGGAAGGAUGACUGGGUGACCACUACAUACACAACUCCUACGUUAGGUGUACCUAAUGCAGUCACAGCAACCACAUAUCCACAGAUGCUUGGACUAAGCGAGCAAGUACAAGCUUUAAUGCCAGUACCUACAUCCGCAUCAAAUUUAUUACAUCCACAAAGGCAUACACCAUCUGUGCAUAAUACAUCUCAUUCAAAAUAUCCACCUCCUCUGAUACCAGUCAAUGGUAGUAGCGGCAGUAGCAGCAGUUCCAGGGAUUCCCGAGGAAGGAAACCAUUAAUACCAAUAUCAGAACCACAUAUAUCUACUUGUCAUGUACAACCAUACCAAAUACAGAAAGCACUCCUUGAAGAAAAGAUGGUACCCUGUAUUAAUUUUAAACCUUAUAUCUAUACUGAAUUAUUGAUGACACUUCCCGACUUCGUUUCCAAUUUUUUUCCUGCCUGUGACAUCGAGAGUUGUAGACAAGUCCUUACAGAUGUACUACAUAUAGACUUAUAUCAAGGAAAUAGACUACAAAUGAAGAUGUUAAUGGAGGCAGGCAAAUGUUCUUCAUUAACGGAAGAUCUGCCUUUAAUCCAAGUUAGGAGUAUAAUGAAAUAUAUGCCACAAUUCAAGUAUAUGUUCAAUAGAGGAGAUAUGGUCAUGCCUUCCCCAGCUCAUUCGUCUGAAGAGCACCCUGCCAAAAAGCGUCAACGUACCAGCUAGGAUUGGCUACAGCCUUACUGGCCUACUUAUGAUUAUUACCAUUCGGCAUUCUAAGUCGAGAUUCUCAUCAUUUUUUUAGAACGCCUUUAAGAGAGAUAGGCGUAUCUAAAUAAAAGAUUAUAAUGUCGCGUAUGAUGCGUGAUAAAAUAUACAAUGACUGAUGCUUCGAAUAUGAAGUGACACAGUGAUGAGCUGUUUCUUUCUCCAAACUAUAUCGAAGGGGACGUGACUGUGUAUAUAAAAUUGAAACGUAUACAUUUAAAAUAUGGUUGGCAAUUCAGAUCUGCUUUCUUCAUGGAAAGAUGUAUUUUAAUUGUUGGCUUUGAUGUUACUUUCGUCUUCAUUUUAUGUCGAUGCCCACUUUCUUUACAUCUCGAUAACAAACCACCGGAUGUGCGUAAUUAAGUGCGUAAGAUGUGCUCUGUCUUGGUACUCAUGUAAUGGAAUUGUAUCUUCUGCGAAAUCGUCAUAGAAAUGUUUUCGAUAUAUCGUUAUUGAGACAAAGCAUCGCAUGUCUUAGUUACGCAUGUUCUUUGUCAAGACGUGAACGAUAAAAAGCGGAUAACGUCGACACAAAAAUCGAGUUAAAAGUUGCAUCUAUUGAUUUUAUUUUCAUUUUUGAAAGACCUAUUAUAAUAUAAAGACCGUUAUAUUGUUACAAGAUAAAAGAAUUCAAAUAGCGGUUUUAUUUUCAAAUUAAAUUUAUCUUAUCAUUCCACACACAUGUUCUUUCACUCUCUUCUCUUUCUCUCUCUCUCUCUCUCUUAUGCGUGCGCGCAUCAUAACAUUUUAUUUCUACCUCUUUGCACAACAAUGAAUACUAUUAUUUUAGAAUCGUUAAUUCUUUAUUAUUCUUCACUAUACUUCUCUAUAAUGUUUUCAUUAUACAUUAGUAUCUUGUGUGAAUGAAUAUAAAAGAGUCCUUUUCUAAAGAAAAUUCGGAGAAAGAAAAGGCUAUGUUCCCAUUUGUAAAUGGGCAUAACUGCUAUGGAGUUAUUCAGAAUGAAUAACCUAUUUUGCAUAUUAAAUGUAUAUCUAUAAAAAAAGAACGAAAAAUGGAAGUAAAGCUUCUUCAAGUUCCUAGCUAUUACUAGUGCGUAUCCCGAUAACUAGCUACAAGCUAAUUUAAAACACUUUCGUCUAUUCGUUUAUUGCGAUAAUUUUGCGUGACUUUUUAUACCAUUUUCAUAAAACUUGUUAAAAAGCGUUAAGGUAAUUUAUUGAACAAUUUUCGUUUCGUGUGUUUAAAAAGAAAUAUAUUAUGUGUACAGAGAGAAUUGUGGCGGAAGUACGAAUAAAAAAUAACGGGGCGGAAUAAAUGCCUACUUAAUGUAAAAAGAUGACAGCGAGCAAUAUCUCGUGGACUACAUCUGUAAGAGAUAUGAAUAUUAUAUAAGAUCUGAUACAUUCACACAAUUAACAAGAAAAUAAAGCUGACGUCAUUUUUGCGUUUUUCUUUUUUAUAAAUAUAGUUAUGAUUAAUAUUCCACAAUAUUGCUGCUGUAUCUUUCGGAUAUUCACUUAAACUGCUUGUUUUAAGCAGUGAUUUUUUUUCUGAAAUUUGUUACACGAUGAUACCUUAAUUUAAUAAUUAUAAUAAGCAUUCGUCGAAGACAUGUAUCUUGUGAUGGGUUUAGGUGAAAAUUUCUCGGAUCGGAUAUGUGUAAAAAAGACUGCGUAUAAUAUAAAGAUAGAAAAGAAUUCAUAAAAGAGUACGACAAACAAUAUUUAUUUGCGCUAAAUGCGUUGUAUGCAUUGAGUGCAACAACCGAUAUGAUGAUCCUUAAAGAUUGAUCAACAUUCUUAAAAAAAAUGAUAUGAUUCUGGUUAAAAAUUAGUUUUAUUCAAAGGGACAAUUGUGCAAUUGACUGUUGACGACUUUAAUCCAGUUUAGGAUUAUAUUAAAUUUAUGUGGAUAUUUGAAAACAUGAUUCGAUAAAAUUAAUUUUGUUCAAGACAAAGGACAAUUGUGCAAUUGUAACUGUUUGACCCCCUUAACCCACUUCACAGAUACACUUCACAGAUAGUUAAAUUUCUGUAUACAUGAAAAAAUGUUCAACCUAUGUAAAAAGCUGUUAAAAUAUUUAUAUGAAUAUAACGCAAAAAAUGUGACAAAAAAGAGUGAACGGUGAAAAGAAAUCUAGUUGAUAUUUGAAAAAUCACGUUAAAAUAGUCUUCCACUCGUGAUUCAUAUAAAUACGUCACUAAUCAAAUUUUGUUCAGUUCAAUAAAUUAUUUCGAAGUAUCGACAUUUAUAUUUUGAUGAAUUGUCUUCGAUAAUUUGUAUCAUUUAUUUCCAUUUACAAUAGCAAAAUGCAGGACGCAAUAGGAGGCCCUUCUUUCUAGGACAGCAUAUAAAAUGCUAUUUUAUCUCUUCUUGAUGUGGGACAGAAGAUUAAAGACCGCCGCUAUAUACAUAUACAUACUUUCGUCACUCACUGAUUUUAGUGUAAGAAAGCUCUAAAAGAAGUGUACAUGGCAAACAAGUGUAUAUAAAGAGAUAAUUAUAACGACUGAUUCACGUCGAACGUGAAUCUUCCGCGUAAGACAGAAAUCGUUUGGAUAUUCUGUCGUAGUGAACAUAGUGUAUUAUUUAUGAAACGAUAUUUUGUGGUAUUACGAUUUGGAAAACAUCUUGCAUUGCGCUAUCGCAAGACUUUGGACUGGUAUAUUUUACUGUUAUAAUAAAGUGGUGCAAGAAAAAUUGUAGAAGAAAUCCGAAGAUGGAAAAAUGCCUGGCGGUUUCUUAUUUAAAUAAAAACAUUUUUGAGAGCGGUGAUAUUUCAUUUAAUCGACGCUAACGUUAUUUAAUUUUGUUUUUAUAAUAUUUCAUAUUAUGUAUUUCGACAAAUCCAUAUUCAAGUGGAUUUAUCGCCCGGUAUAACAUGCGUCAGUUUUUGUUUUAUAUUUUUUGUUUUAUGUUUUUACUUUAUGUUUUUACUUUAUUCGCGAGUAGUAUUUGUUAUAAUUAUAUCGAUUUUAUGUUAUGAUUCUUUAGCAACAAAAAUUGUGGAAUUUUUUAAAUUAUUUCACUGAGAAGAGGAGACAUACCGUUUUAUUAUUUCGUGUAAACCGCAUACGCUAUCUUAUUUUUUUGAGAUAAAAACACAAGAGAUGGCUCCAGUCCAAGACAUUUAGAUUAUAAUAUCAUUUUUAAUAUGUUAGAUUAGCACAUUCAUUUGUUAACGUUUGUUAAAACUGUGUAUUAUACUUAUCACGCUAUCAUUUGUACAUAUAGCGUACAUAGAGCGUAAGGAAAUAGGACUACUAGAUAUUUCAAAAUAAAUUCAUGAUACAAUCAA